AUGGUGUUAGGUCCUGAUUCUAUCAAUGUGGCUGAUUGGACUGUUGGAAAAUCGAAGUUAAAGAAGAAGAAAGAUGGUGAAGCCGAGGAAACCGGAUGUUGGAUUAAGUUUAGAGAUGAUAAAACAGAUAAAGGUCAUUGGAUUGAAUUCAAGCCACCAACCAUGCAUUUAAGCACCACUGAUGUUUCAGCUUGUUCUUAUCUCACAAAGAGACAUAAUCCAACUAACUUCAUGGAAAGCAAAUCAACAAAUGAUAGCAGCAGAGACCAGCCAGCUGUUCAAGUGGGAUCAUCUUCAAGCACUAGCAAUGUUGAAAGUACUCCAUCUACUCCCAAUAUCGGUGAGGAACUGAAAGUUUCCUCUCAGCUUCGAAAAUUCUCCUUUAAUGAGCUCAAAUUAGCAACAAGGAAUUUUAGACCUGAGAGUCUUCUUGGCGAGGGAGGGUUUGGUUGUGUAUUCAAAGGUUGGAUUAAUGAGAGUGGAAUUACUCCAGUGAAACCUGGAACAGGGCUGUCUGUUGCAGUAAAAACUCUCAACCACGAUGGACUUCAGGGACAUAAAGAAUGGCUUGCUGAAGUUAACUAUCUCGGCGACCUUCUCCAUCCUAAUUUGGUUAAAUUAAUUGGGUAUUGUAUUGAAGAUAAUCAAAGGCUUCUAGUCUAUGAGUUUAUGCCUCGAGGAAGCUUGGAGAAUCACCUCUUUAGAAGAUCCCUGCCUCUUCCCUGGUCUGUCAGAAUGAAAAUAUUGCUUGGUGCUGCAAAGGGCCUUGCCUUUCUUCACGAGGAAGCUGAACGGCCAGUGAUAUAUAGAGAUUUUAAAACAUCUAAUAUCCUACUAGAUGCA